CCAUUCAUUCGGCCCCAUCCAGAACCACAUCUACAGAGCUUCGCAUUCACAAGUCCUUCAACCAAGAAUAUAAACAUUAUACAUUGUUUCCAUCUCGUGCAAACAUGGCCGACGGCUUCGCAGCAGCAGACAAGUCCAAACCAUUCAUCGCAAACAACAGCCUUGCCAAAGACCGGGGCUACAAAGAUGGACUCCCAACAGCAACCUGUCUCUGCGGCGGCGUGCAAUUAGCCUUCCCCGUCGAAGGGCCCGGCCUAAUCAACACUUUUGUCUGCAACUGCACCGACUGCCGCAAACUCACCGCCUCCAUGUUCGCAUCCAACUUCGCCAUCGACGACAAGUACCUGGUGCACGUGCGCGGCCGCGACAAUCUCAAGUCGUGGUAUAAUCCCGUCACCCCCGUGCGCCACGAGGGCUCCAUGACAGACUACUUCUGCAGCACGUGCGGGACCCUCAUGUACCGCGUCAGCUCGGCGUUUCCUAAUGUACCGAUUUUGCGGAUUGGCUCCGUGGACGAUUUGAGUUUGCAUGAGACGAAGCUGAAGCCGCAGUGGGAGCAGUUUACCAAGGAUCGCGUGAGCUGGUUUGGGGGUGUCAGUGGGGGUGAUGUUAGGAAGAUUGAGGGCAAUUCGAAGACGUAUACGCUUUCUGGGGGAUAGCUGCGUAUCGUUUAUUGGUAGUGUUGGCCGGGCGUGGGAGAAGCGCUGGUGGUGGUGGUGGUGGUGGUGGCCAUCGACUGUGAGUACAGUACGAGACGGCUGCUUGGUUGUGUUUUGUAUGUUUAUUCUCAUGUACACGUUAUUGAACGUUCUAUGUCUUUGAUUUAUCUCGUAAGU